GGUCUCAAGCUGCCGUGAUGAAGAUGGUGCUAGUGAAUUUGGGCAUCGUGCUGCUGGUCAUGUGCCAUGUCGAGCUUGUGGCAGGCAGGACAAUCUGUAAAGUUCGCCCAGUGCUGCAGCGAGCCCCAGCGGAUGCAGCCGCCGGGCCGAGUUGGCAGCGCAGAGGCAAAGGAAGCGCCGGUUGCCUCCUUCCCCGAAGGGGAGGCCCACCUCCUCGCUCUCGGUGUCCGCCAUCUAGGAGCCGCGGAAAUGUGGUGCUAUUCAUGCAUUAGCAACCAGCCAGGCUGCAAGGAUGAGGUAAACUGGCUCAUUCACCAUGCCAUCACGUGCCCCCGAGAUGAUGACAAGUGUGUCAAGAUCAUCGAACGCAAAGGCUCGGAGGUGUUGUACACACGGGACUGUCUGUCCAAUCUGGAGGCAUAUCGGCAUGACAUCCCGGCAGACACCUACGAGGGCUGCCGACCUGCAGCCGAGAGCCCCAAGCUGGCCGUUUACGUUGACAACAACAUCAAGGAACUCGAGCUGAAACGGGACUACUACACGUCUGUGGAGUACUGCUUCUGCGAGUUCUACUACUGGUGCAACAGUGCACAUAGCAGGACACCCACGAUGCCCCUCCUGCUGCUACUGCUACCAUUGGCAUUGUUGCUGGCAUGGGACCCAUGAACUACCCACCACGAUUGCUGCACGAAUCCAGGGUUUGCAGCUCUGUAUGCUGCAUCAAUUUGUGCUGAGCUGGCACUUGAGUGGAGCAUCCGGUGACAUGUUUAAUCAUUCGAAUGCUGUUUGAUAUGCAUCGCAGAGAGGUUUGAAUCUCCUAUAUAUCAGCAAAUAAGUUCUGUAGUUCACGAGGCCAAACUGCAUGUCAUGCAAAUGGGCCCUCUGUACAUUUGGCUGAUGCCAGGGAAGGCAGGCGAUAAAAAUAGCUGAGCAAAGUGCCCUCACACUACUCCUAGAUCGAGAGCUUUGGGAACUAAACAAAAUUCACAGCAUUGACAAAGGAUAUUUCAGCUUGCCCUCGGUAGCCUUUUUGCUUCGACAGAAUUCCAUCAGCCCAUCGGGGAGACAAAGCAACCUUUUUAAAAUACUUUAUCUUGGUUGCUGGCGUGCCUUCUAUUAAUGGUGAGCCCCAGCCGAAGCAGGUGAGCAUGUGAGCACUUACUUUGUUAUGGGUGCAAACAAAGUAUUAAACACGCAAGCGAAGUGUUUGAGGAACAGUGGUCCGUUUUCUCCUGUAGUAAGGAAACCCAUCUGCACCUUUUGUCAACAGUUGUCCUCUAGCUUUCUGUUUGUUGAGCUGGCACAAAGAAAUGCCUGCUGAUGAUGCAAGCAGUUUUGCAGAAAGCACAUACAUGUAUAAGCAAGCCAAGGUCAGUGCAUACUUUGCUUGUCAGGUGAACCUCCAGUCUCCCAGUGGCAUCAUUUAGCAGUUACAACUGUGGCUGCGAAUACUGAUAGAGCAUGUCCAUGGGCUUUACUAGCCACCACAAAUGCAUACAU